AUGAUUGCCUCUGAGUUCCAAGACUACUACCAUCUUUGCUCUUUCCCUGCUUCGGUUGGGAGCCUAAUCGCUGCUAUUGCUCGACUUGCGCCUCCCAAGUUUCAGAGCUCAUCUGGCGUAUUGACACCUGCUCAGCUUGCCAGCUGGGACAGCUUUCAUAUGCCCCCUUGCGAUCUGAAGACUUUUCCUCCGCUUAAUUCUCUUCGCAAAGCCCUCCCUUCAUCUACUUUUCAGCCUCACGUUUGGACUCCGGAGUACCGACAAAUCCUUGAAGAAGAACCGGCUCCCAAUUGCAAAAUCAAGGUCGAGGAGGUUCCUCCCCCUUCCAAGAAGGCGAAGCAUACCCGAUCCUCAAAGAAUAGGCUGAAGAAGCGACUGAUCUGCAUGGCCAAUGAGGAAGACCCUAAGGACGAUGACUCUGGCGAGUCCGAAGUCGAUCAACUUCGCUCGUCCCCGCUCGUUCCCUUGGCUCGUUCAAAGCGAGGUUGUCAGAAAGGUUCCAUCAACAAGUGCAAGCUCGAAGUCGUAGUCCCGAAUCGACCAAAGCCCUGGCCCAUCCCUAAGCCUGUCAUUUCAAAAACUCCUCGUGAAGUUAGUGAGAAGGUCUCUGAAACCCCGAUUCCGACUGUCCUUCGACCAGAAGCACCAUAUCCAUCAAAAGUCAGCGCUAUCUCAGCAAAAACUCCAGCUUCUUACAAGGGCAAAGCUCGAGCAAUUUCUGCAAGCCCUCCUCCCAUUAAGAAACCCACACGAGGUUGUUGGACUGACAUGGAAUUGCAACUGUUAAGCACCCUCUAG